AUGGUUCUGGGUUCUAGGUCUUCCCGGACCAUCCCAAUUUGGUUCGGUCUUCCCGAACCAUUCCAAACCCUUAUCGACUUCGACUUCGACAACGUCGGUCUCAACGUCAAAUUAUUGUCUUCGGGAUUUGCGCUUUUAGUUAAUCAGGCUACCUUCAGCCCUGUUGAAAGUCCUGACAACGAAAUUGAUGCCUCCGAUAUUAUAUUCUACAACGAUUCGGACGAUAGUGUACCACUGCCACAGGUUCCAUCCUCAACUCAACCUACUGCAAAAGACGCCUUCUCUGUGUUGCUCCAGGCUGGACACACACCAGCGCUAGUAACGGCUGGUUCACGGCAUUCCACCCACACCUCAAAGCCCUCUGCUCACAUUCGGGAUGCUGACAAUGCAUGUGCCCAGCCUUCAUCUUCAAGCACUGCGUCAAGAAAGCGUGUAUUAUCCAGUGCAACCAAUCCUCCGGCGCCCAAAAAAGCUGUCAUGCGGUUUCUGUCUCCUCUGGACUCUGAUGAAGAUCCCCAGAAGAAUCAUCCUGUGACGAGCUCAUCCCUCAACUGGACGACGAGGAUCACGACGAUGAAAUAA